UUCCCAGAAUGUGUAUUCAGGACAACCGACUAGCUAGAGGCGGCGCUGUCUAAACGGAUAUGCUGACCGGAAAUAGCGUUACUGUAAACAGGCGGGAAGUUGAAAGUUUGAGCAUUUCAUAUAAUUAGAAACAUUUCCUUCGGUUAGCUGUAUUAAAGUAAAGUUACAUCCUCAACAAGAACAGAGAUGGCGGACAGAAAUCUUGUGCGGGAGAUGAAACGUUGGGCGACAGAGGAGUUCAAUCUGUCCCCGGACAGCCUGCCAAAUGACAGCUAUUUUAAAACGCUCUGCAUCGGGACAGGGAAGUCAAUAUGGAAAUAUAUUAUCCAACACGUUUUUCACCAGAGGAACGUGAGGAUCAUGCGUGGCAAUCUCCAGUGGUACAAAGUUCUUCAAGACAAAGAGUUGAAGCAGGCUGAGGGCCAGAGUGAGGCUGCCAAGCAGAGAGAGCUUCAGAGGAAGAUUGAGCAGCUCAGAGUUGAGAUCACUCACCUGGACUCUCAAAUCAGUGGAACAGAAGAACAGUUGGCUACACAAGAGCAGUCCAUCAGCCGUACCUGGGCCGAGGUGGAGGACAGCUGGCGCAGAGAGCUGCUCCUGCAGGCCUUUAGGCAGCGCUGCAUCUUGGGCCGCAAGGUGCUCUCUGAUGACACACAAACACUCCGUGAGCACUGCCAGGCAUUGGAACAGAUGGCCAGGAAAGCAGAGAUUGAAGUGCUGUUUCAUAAUAAGCCUUCCUGCAGCAGUGAUGGUGACAACCUCAACUCUAAAGUUGCAGCAGAGGCACAGGUCCUGCGUGAAUUGAGACAGCUGUGUGAUGACAGGGUCCACUUCUAUCAGUCUUUACAAGAGAGUGAACUGAAAACAUCGCUGUCUGCAGCCAAACAUCUGACUUGUGAACAAAGGACUGCUGUGUUUCAGUACUGGCUGAGUGCUGUGGAGAACUUGUUGAAAGAUUAUCCGCCAAACCACAUCCUCUUAGCAUUGGAGUAUUUAGCUUCAAGAGAGCAGAACGAACUAGAAAAGAAACUCGCCUCUCUGGACUUGACACAUGAUGUGACAGCACUACGGUACCGCUAUGAAAGCAAUCACCUACUGGACAUGUCAACAGAAGAUAAUGAGUUGCCAUCCGUUAAGAGCCUCUUAGAGGAUGCUUGGGAAGAGGUGGAGCAGAGUUUGGUAGAACUGGCCCGGACCCGCUCCAGAGUCCAGCAACUCCAAAACCAGCUGCAGGCCCGCAAGAAGGAGGUGGAGCAGGAGGUGUCUGGCAGUGCAGAUGAGCUCCAUAUCAACACCUUGGCACUGUCAGCCUUAGAAGUGGAACUUCAGUAUGUGAUGCAGGCAGCAACGAGGGAUCAUAUCAGAGACAGGUGUAUCCAACUGGACCAGCAUGCCAGAAGCCGUCAGGAGGCACUUAGGAGCCUCCACAGCCAGUGGCAGAGCAUCCUUGACUUCAGACAACUAGUGGUUCUCAGACAGGAACAUAUCAAAGGUCUGAUUAAAGGGAACUCCAUGGCAAAGAUGGAGCUGAUUCGUCUGCACACAGAGUUACAGGGAUUUGUCCAAGGCAAACUGGGUCCACAGUUUGAAGUUGUCACCACUGCAGCCAGCAGUCAAAGGAACUCCAUAUCCAAGGAGGCCAGCCAGUUGGGAACAGUUUCGCUUCUUGCUCUGGACCGUAGGACUGUUGAUGGAAUGCAAAGAAUCCCAGCAUCAUGGUUGUCCAUCCAUCGCUUGCAGUCCCCGACCUUUAGCAGCUUGUGUCAGAACCUGGCCUUCCCACAGCACAGGGCUCCAGAGGAGCUAUGUUCCCAUGCGCGCUCCCAGCAGCUUGAGUUGCGUUUUCUCCAACAGUUACGGCAACUUCAUUAUGUUACCCUGCAGAAAAUACAGAAGGAAACAGAGUUGCUACAUGCAUCUGAUCAGAAAGCUCUGCUGUCCAGAGUCGAGGAGGAGGAUCAGAAGCUUCUGGAGACUCUGGUACCGAGAGUGAGAAGCCUCAUCCAACGUAGCAACCAAGGCCUUUCUUAUGGGGCACAAGUCAAAACUGCCAUUUCUUACUGGUGGGAUCUGCCAGCCCAACAUGCCCUACCUGAGGUCAGUAAAGGAGGACUGACGUUUCAACAGUGGCUACAAAGAUGGAAACUUGCUGCUAAAGCCUUUUAGGGGACACCACAUAGUUUCAAAAUACAAAUAAAAUCCCUUACUGCACCUUCAGUAGCAAAACAACUAUGCUACAGUAGUUAAAAAAUGUUUUUCAUGCUCAUCACUUCUUUUGAGGUUUUACUAUGUGAAAGUCAGUCACUAUUAAAUACUUUUAAACC